AUGGUAUUCUGUGUGACUUCAGUCAUUCAAGUAAUGCAACGGGCGGUCACAUCGGGAGUUUCGAAGUUCGGAGCUGUGGCUGCCGGUGUUGCGGUUGCUGGUGGAGGUUUGAUUUAUGCACUGGAAAACUCGGUCCAUGCUAGCAACGAUUGCGUCCAUCCGUACCCGUUGAAGUGGCCACAUACAGGAAACUUCAAAUCUUUCGAUAUUGCCUCUGUGCGACGAGGCUAUGAAGUCUACAAACAAGUGUGCGCGGCAUGCCAUUCGAUGAGGUUCAUUCACUACCGACAUUUUGUUGAUACUUUUAUGACUGAGGAGGAAGCAAAGGCUGAGGCUGCUGAAGCCCUCAUCAAUGAUGUCGAUGAUAAGGGAGUAGCAAUUCAACGACCGGGUAUCCUCACAGAUAAACUUCCCGCUCCAUAUCCUAAUAAGAAGGCAGCAGCAGCAGCUAACAAUGGUGCCGCACCCCCGGAUCUGUCACUGAUGGCCUUAGCUAGACAUGGUGGUGAUGACUACAUCUUCGCACUACUAACAGGAUAUUUCGAACCUCCAGCUGGAAUGAAGGUAGAUGAUGGUAAGGCAUACAAUCCAUACUUCCCAGGAGGUGUCAUAUCUAUGCCUCAGCAACUAUACGAUGAAGGAAUUGAAUACAAGGAUGGCACACCAGCCACCCAGUCACAACAAGCCAAAGAUGUCGCUACCUUCAUGCACUGGGCCGCAGAACCCUACCAUGAUACGCGAAAGAGAUGGGCCUUGAAGGUCCUUGUGUUGCUACCAUUCCUUACGGCGAUCGUGAUUUACGGCAAACGAUACGUCUGGUCAUUCACUAAGUCUCAGAAGAUCAUAUUUGAGUCGCUCAAGGGACGUAAGCCUCCCAAAGACCAAUGAGAAGAUUUUAUUGCCUUAGUAUUCUAGUACUCGUUUCCAUUUUACAAGUUGACAGGAAUUGUUUUAGCAGAUUCUCAAUGGAUUACAUUUCAGAGCAAUCCUGAUUGUUUUAUGAAGUCAUUGCGAUAUAUUAGGCAUGUUUUACAUUGAGACUGUCAGCAUCGUGUGUUAUUAGGUUAGAGUGAAUAUAAAGCUAUUUUUG